AUUAGCAACGGGGGGAAAUUAUCUACGGAAGCAAGAAGUGUGGAUUGAUGCGAGGAGGAAAAUGUUUCAAUGAAAAGCCGCUGCUGACCUUCUGAGUUCUGCGUUGUUGUCCAAGAUCUGGCGUGUGCCUGCUUUCGUCUGAGAAGAAAGAGAAUUGAGUGAAAAGCACAACACACUUUACCUUUUUCUGGAUCGAGAAACCAUGGCCAACCCUGACUUUGGAGCAGACGACUACCACACUUCCUUUGAUCACCUGACGGUGGCGCAGCGUAGAGCAUGUCAGGUAGUGCUGCGUUGUUCGUCGGUGCUUUCGAUUUGUGGAUCCUCGUACAUUGUGUGUUCCUUGCUGGGUCCAAGGCGAGAGAGCGAACUGAAGAAACGAAUGUUUAGCCGCCUUCUGCUGGGCUUGAGCAUCUCGGAUGUCAUGAGUUCGAUUGGACUGUUCUUUGGCGCUUGGCCCAUUCCCGCGGAUUCCCUGCACAGCGAUUCUCUCUAUGGCAACACGGGAAACCAAACCACUUGCAACCUCCAGGGCGGUUGGCUCCAAAUCUUCUACUUUGUUUCCAUCUUCUACACGGCAAGCAUCACUCUCAACUUUCUCUUUUACGUCAAGUACCAGUGGCCAGAAGAAAAACUACGGCGCUACCUUGAGCCUCCCCUCCACUUGGUCUCAUGGGGAGUUCCAAUCAUUCUGUCCAUCAUCUGUCUGGUCUUUGACAUGUACAACCCCACUGCCUUCUUUUGUUAUGUGGUCACGUAUCCACUGGGAUGCGACCACUUUGAAGGCACAGACUGCAUCCGCGGCUCCAACAUUUGGCUGUGGCGGAGCAUUGCCCAAAUUAUCCCCUUUGCUAUUUGCUUCUCGAUCAUUGCAUUCAGCACGAUUGCCGUCUACAGGACGGUUCGACGUCAUGAACUGGCAGUGUUGGCCUCCUCUACUGUCCAUUCCCAGAGUUGGACUGCUCGAUGGGCCAAAGAGUCCCGGUUAGCGUUUGUCAAAUCGGCUCAAUACAUUGGUUCCUUCCUGGCUGUGUGGGUGCCAAUCCUCAUUGUGGCCUUGUUCGAAGACUUGGGCUUUCGCAUUCCCUUUCCAAUCUGGCUGCUGGAUGCUUUGAUAAUCCCAAUAGUAGGGUUCUUGAAUGCCUUUGUCUAUUCGGGCAUGUUCGACACCCGUUAUUGUUGUGGAGCUUUGUGUCGAACGUCAAAGGAAACCACCGAAGGCAAGGCCGACCGAGAACAUCAAAGAAACCUGGAACAGUGCCCACCUGGUCCGGGGCAAGGCAAAAAGGCAAGGAAUCCUCCAGGUCGAAUCUUGGUCCUGCAGAAGGGUGAUUGCCAGCAGCAGUUUCUGGGGGUAUCCGAUUUGGGAGAAUCCGAGUUUCGACAACCGUUCGACCAUCCCAUCGUGGAGAUUGGACACAAAUGGGCUCGUGAUGGGCAGAAGGGAGAUAAUGAUGAUGAUAAUGACAAAGCCCCCAACCCGUUAAGGCGCUCCGCAAAGAGCGCCGAUACUCCACUCAAUCGACCUGUGCGCAUACCAACUGAAAGUGGCGUCAGCUUGAAGCUAGAAAGCGAAAGUUUGAGCAAUACUGACGGCCACGAAUUUGAAAAGGAAGAUACCCCACCACAUAGACCAAAACGUUGCCAGAGUGAUGUGGAAGCUCUGGAUGAAGCCGCCGUCGCGGAGGCUUGCAAGGCCGAUGCUUUACAAACAACCAAGUUCAACAAGCCACCAAAUCAACCUGUACGAGUCGAAAGUGACGUGGACGUCGAGGAUAACCCCGCAACCCACGACAAAGACUUGCAGGGUUCAGAUGAGAGCAAGGCCGCAGCACCACCAACCAAGCCAAAGCGCUUUGAAAGUGAUCUGGAACUAGCGUCUAUUGUAGAAGCGACCAAUGAAACUGAAGAAGAUGUCCCAUCUAUGACUGAAGUGGACGUAACAAGGGUUUAGUUCGUCAUGAUUGAUUGGACUGGCCGCGUCCUCGUCGGGGUGCAGCCUUACUGGGACACGAAACGAACUAUCUUGAUGGCGCGACGAAACUCAACCCACAAGGGCCCACCUUUGGCUCUACAUCUCCAAUGCCAGGGCACUGGCUUUCUUCGCAUCAAGCUCCCGACAGUCUCUCGACUGAACAAAACAACCCACACGUACCGACAACACCAUCCCAGCGAAGACGGGGCGGGGCGUAUUCAAAUCAGAUGAUCUCACCCCCCCCCCCCAACCCGUUGGACCGAGUCUCCACAGUAUGCAAGGCAAGGAUCAUGCGCACUUCUGAGCCACGCUUCCUUUAUUCUUCAGCCAUAAUCAUCACGGAAACAAACAGGGUUUGCCAUGUAAGCAUUAAUAAUCUACAUCGGACCCUACGGUGUCCAAGCUUCCCGAAUACCAAGCUUGGCAGUCCAGCUUCUUGGUAUCAUUGGUACCGUACCUGGUUGGAAGUAUGCAUGGACAAGAAAACAGAAUCUGAUGCAAUGCAUUUCAUCCCAAGGACAGCAGCAAUAGCAUACUAACCAUGCGUGGCAUUCUGCGUGACAUCGCUCGGAUCCUGAUUGACUUCAUAGCUCCAUCCGCACGUAUCCAAUUCCGCCUUUUUCCAAAGUUACAUGGAGGACCUCUGCCAACUUUCGUAUACGGCGGUAGUGAAAUCUACAUAGAGAAACUUUAUUUUUGGGGGGGUGCACGGAUCCUCAAGUCUUCCCGCGAUCCUCUGACUGCAUUGUAAACGAUAGAGCCAACUUGAACCUUGGCCAAUGAGCCAGCAGCUGAUCAGCUGAUCAGCAAACCCAACAUUCAACAUGCUGAUCGAGUGACAGUCUUUAGCGCUCAAGACGUUACUGCGUUACUGAGUACACUUCACUACAUGCUUCACAGCUACCGGUACGGGAGCAGGUACGGGUGCCGGUGGCAACGGUGCCGUACUACGCUGCUUCACCAAUUCACCAUCACCAGACCAUUCACCAUCCACCAUUCACCUACAUAGAGCUGUAGAGUCUAAUUCAUCGUUUCAGAGUUGCCCAUGCUGUCAAAUGCAAUUAUGAACAUAGACCCCUACUAACCAUUAAUUUUACUGAUGCUGCCACAGCUUUCAUUAAUUUUGUUUGAGAAGAGUGACAGUCUUGCCCGAGUGCCCGAGUGCAAGUCAUCCUUGACGCACGAUCCAAACGACCCCAAUUUCACCCGAGAACUGGGACUCCUGACCCCGGCCAAUUUUUCACCAGGCCAGGACCCCAUGCCAAUGUGCCAAACGGACAGAAAGAUUUGUGGGUUCCUACGGUACCGUAUGCAAGCUUGUGCUGAGACGUUGAGCCGAUUCCCAUUACAACUCAACAACGCUACCACUCAGAACGGAACGCAAGGGAAAUGAAAGCAAGGGAAGGGCCGAGCAAAAGACAAAUAAAACGCAAAAAAACAAGCACCUCUAGAGUAGCUAGCUAGAUGAUUACUGUAUUACCGUACCGUAUUACCCACCAUCUGCACUCGUCCAAAAGAAGUUAAUCACUUUACAAUUUUAAAAUUCGUCAUUCUUGGGAGUACACGACUC